AUUAGUUACCCUUCGCGGUGGCGGUCGCGUUCAUUGCUGCGUUUCGGUGGGCAACGCGACGGAACAGUUCGUAUUUAUAUAUGUAAACAACAAAUUGGUGCUCGAGUUGGCGGCUCUAAGUAUCUGUUAUUUUUUUUGUUUAGAACCCGAAAGAAGUUUGUUGAAAUAAUUUAUGACAAAUAAAUUGGCAGUAUUUGCAAAAAAAAAAAAUAAAAAACAAAUAUGCGUUGUUUGCUGAGUCGUAAAGUUUACGGUGGCACCAGCUGUGGACUGUUGGGACUGCUGCUCUGCUUUCAUGUGGUGCCGGGGGUCAAAGGCGACGCUGUGCAAGUCAUUGAGCUGGGCCAUAAUUGGAGUAUAUCUAAUCAGAAUGGCUCCAUGACUAUUGCGGAUCAGACGCUGCCCUCGGGCAUAUACAGUGCCUUCUAUCCCAAUCAACUGCUGGAUGCCUACAAUGAUGUGAGACUCCGCUGGUUGGCCUACGACAAUUGGACAUACACGAAUAACUUCAAGUUCGAUGUGGAUCACUAUAAGCGUGUGCGCAGUUUUAAUUUGACCUUCCAUGGCAUCGACACAAUAGCUGAGAUUAGGUUGAAUCGCCAGCUGUUGGGACGAACAGACAAUAUGUUUGUGCGCUACUCAUACGAUGUGAGCAAGUUGCUCCAGAACGAUAAUGUGCUGGAGGUGGAGAUAACAUCGCCAGUGUUGGUCGCAAGGGCCAAAGCCAAUGCAUUGGACCUAGCAGAACUAUAUGUGCCACCAGCAUGUCCACCCGAAAGUUAUCACGGUGAGUGCCACAUGAACAUGUUGCGAAAGAUGCAGGCAAGCUUUUCAUGGGACUGGGGACCGGCGGCGCCAUCGAUGGGUAUCUGGAAGAGCGUUCAGCUCGAGAUGUACGAAGUGGCACUGCUACGUGAUGUGGAUGUGGACAUUAGUAGCAACGACACACACUGGAACAUGCACAUAAGCUGCUACAUGGACACCAUGAGUAGAGAGAAUUUCUAUGCCGAAUUGGUAUUCUAUGCCGUUGAGCUGCUCAAAGAGACAGUCGUCAUAGACACAUACACCUCAAAGCCCAUCAGCUAUUUGACGCCGGUAAUUGUAUUUGAUCAGGCUGUCCCAAUUGAUGAAGUCAAAACCUGGUGGCCAAAUGGCUUUGGCGACCAGAAGCUAUAUCCGCUGCACUUUACGCUGAACGCCUGGCUGGGCGCUUCUGGGCCCGAGCUGCGUGCCAAAACCAAAUCACAGAAGUCUGUGCGUGUUGGCUUUCGCACACUGGAGCUAGUAGAGCGCCCGGCACCAGAUGGUCAGGGCAACACAUUCCUCUUUCGGGUGAACGGACUCGAGAUGUUCAUGAAAGGCAGCAACUAUAUUCCAUCCCAUAUACUGCCAGAGCAACAAACUUUCGAAGGCAUUGCCUACAUACUGGAAUCUGCCAGGGAGGCGCAUAUGAAUAUGAUACGAGUGUGGGGUGGUGGUAUUUAUGAAUCAGACUACUUUUACGAUCUGGCUGAUACUCUAGGCAUAUUCAUCUGGCAGGAUAUGAUGUUCGCAUGCGCCAUGUAUCCAACCACACCCGAUUUUCUCGCCUCAGUCAGCGAAGAGGUGCGACAGAAUGCCAAGCGAUUGUCCCAUCAUGCCAGUGUUGCCAUUUUUGCUGGCAACAAUGAGAAUGAAGCAGCACUGGUGCAGAACUGGUAUCAUACAUUCGGUGAUCUGGAUCGCUUCAAGGCCGAAUACCGGGAGCUCUACCUGGGCAAUGUCAUCCAUGAGCUGAAGAUUGUGUCGCACAGAUCACGGCCUGAACCGUUGGUUUCCUCGCCAUCGAAUGGCAAGGCGGGAGAGCGGUACAACUAUAUAUCGGAAAAUCCACAGGAAACCAGCAAUGGCGAUGUGCACUUUUAUGACUACUUUAAGGAUGCGUGGAAUGCGGAUAUUUAUCCACGACCACGUUUCGCCAGUGAGUACGGACUACAAUCACUGCCAGGUGCCUUUGCCUGGUCGCGCCUUAAGGCGGAUGAUUAUCCACUGGCCGAACUGAUGAGCCAUCGCCAACACCAUCCGCUUGCUAUGGUACCAAUCACCACCCAGGUGCAUCGACAUUUGCCUCUGCCGCUGCCCGAGGACGAGAACUACAACGAGGCGCUAAUCUAUUUCAGUCAGAUAUCCCAAGCCAUGGCCACCAAAGUGGAGACUGAACUGUAUCGCAGUCUUCGCGAUACGGAUCACAAUACGAUGGGUGCCCUUUACUGGCAGCUGAACGAUGUCUGGAUAGCGCCAUCAUGGUCCGGCAUCGAUUUCUACGGCAAUUGGAAGCUCCUGCACUAUUGGGCACGCGAUUUCCUUGCUCCGAUUGCCAUAGUUGCGCUCGAGGACACCACCAAAAAAGCACUUAAUAUAUCGCUCAUUUGCGAUAGCCAAAAGCCAAGCGUCGAUACUGCCAAUCUAAAUGUGGUGGCCAACAUUCAUCUGUGGUCGCAGUUAUUGCCACGACAAUCCCAGAACUGGUCGGUCACCCUGCGCCCCAAUGGUGUGCAAUAUGAUAAGGUUAUACCAAUCAAGGAUCUGCUGAAAGGUGAAUUCAAUGAGCACAAUGCUUACCUGGAGUUUCAAUUGCGUCGCGAUCAAACUGUACUUUCACGCACUUACUUCUUCCCCAGCAGCAUUGCGAGUGCUGUGGGCAUUUUGGAUCCGGAGCUGGAUUUCGAUCUCACGUCGAAAACCUGCGUCUCAACUACGUCUGGCACACGGAAUAGCAUCAGCAUUACAAUAACCGUAAAGCAUCCGGCUGUGUUUGUCUACUUGGAACUGCAGCUGCCCUAUCGGUAUAAGCUCUCCGAAAAUGGAUACAUGCAAACGACGCCCGUACAUGUGGUUCAUGCGACAAUCGAGACGUCCUCUUGUAUUCGUAUCUGGCGCAAGUCCUACUUCAAUAUCUGGACCGUAAAUGAAUUCAUGCCAUAGCGCGGCAAAUUUCCAUUUUAAAUUUUAAUGCAACAUUUAUAAAUAUCUUAUCAGGUAAACAAAGCAAUAAAUAUAAUAGAUAUGUUAUAAGUACA